CGCUGCCUCCACCACGGAUUUAUUGUUCUGCUUUAGGCUCUGUGGCUAAAAUAGCCUGCAGAAUGAUCAAGAACGCCUUAUUCACUUCAGCCUUAAAACUAACACGGAGCGGAUGUGGCUGAAAAUAUAGCAGCAACACCAGAAGGCUUUAUUGUUAUUCUUCUUAUUAACAAUAAUGUUAUGUAUGUAAUUUUUUUCUUCCCAGCCUCACCGACUGGCUUUCAUAAUUACUGAGUAGGCUGCUGUUACUGACGUACUUAACAUCACUUUGUGUAGUGAUAACUACACAACUACACAGCUAUCAGCCAUACAUUAUAAAUUAUACAUCAUUUCCUCAUUCUGUGCUGUAUAUGUGUUAAAAGAUCCCUAGAUCACAGCUGUGUUAAUAGUCAGGUUAUACUGCAUGUGCCUGGUCGUUGCAGUGUAAUACUGCUGUUCAGCACAGUCUCACACCUACGCACUUCCAGCCUAUUGCGUCGCAAACCAAAACAGAGUUGCAACACUGAACCGACUCUCUGACUCGCGGAUCCAACUGAUUCACAGCCUAGCCCAUCUCCUCACCACCUCCCCCCAAAAAAAGGGGGAAGUGAUCAAGCUCAAUCCAAGCCCUGUGUAGGCUCCUGGAGGUCAGGAUGACAUCAUGUAGGUCACUUGAUCAUGGAAGGUGGUGAAGAUGUGGACCUUGCUUCAGCACACGAAUCCCAGCAAAAGCCCACAAGGUGUAAUUAGGCUGUAAGAUGACUGCUGUGGUGACUCACAGUCCAAUCAUUAAGAAGCAAACCUAAAAACUCGAACGCGUCAAACCUGAAGAGCAGCGUUCAGGGAUGUCUUUGAAUUCCAGAAAAAUGGUUACGAAGAACUCAGCUUUAUUUCCAGCCUGCUUUUCUUCUGGGUGAGAUUAACGUCUUGAGGAGCUGUCUUUAAGAUUGUAUCAUCUCAGGACCUGGGCUGCUCUGGAUCUCUGGAAUGAUGCGAGUGUGUACUUGGAGGGAGUGUGCAGAAUGUUCAGUGGCCCUUUCUGACUGGACCACCUGACGCGAGGCCAGCCCAUGCCCGCCUGUAACCCAGAAGACGACCUCUCACCCCCUCGAGCUCCGCCUCUCUCGGCCAACCACCAUUAGUCUUGAUGAGGAACCCUGCCAUCGGUGAUGUGAUGAACAAGUUUGAGGUGCUUGGGAUCGUCGGGGAAGGAGCAUAUGGAGUCGUGCUCAAAUGCAGACACAAGGAAACUAAUGAAAUCGUGGCUAUUAAGAAGUUCAAGGACAGCGAAGAGAACGAGGAUGUGAAGGAGACGACGCUGCGGGAGCUGAAGAUGCUCCGCACUCUCAAGCAGGAAAACAUCGUGGAGCUGAAGGAGGCGUUCCGGCGCCGGGGGAAACUCUACCUGGUGUUUGAAUAUGUGGAGAAGAACAUGCUAGAGUUGCUGGAAGAGCUGCCUAAUGGAGUGCCACCUGACAAAGUGAGGAACUACAUCUACCAGCUAAUCAAAGCCAUCCACUGGUGCCAUAAGAACGACAUAGUGCACAGGGACAUUAAGCCAGAAAACCUCCUAAUCAGCUCAGAUGACGUGCUCAAGCUGUGUGAUUUUGGUUUCGCACGUGACCUCUCAGAAGGAACAGACGCCAAUUACACCGAGUAUGUGGCCACCAGGUGGUACCGAUCACCUGAACUACUGCUGGGAGCUCCGUAUGGGAAGGCGGUGGAUAUGUGGUCAGUGGGGUGCAUUCUGGGCGAGCUGAGUGACGGACAGCCUUUGUUUCCAGGCGAGAGUGAGAUAGAUCAACUCUUCACCAUACAGAAGGUUCUGGGACCCCUGCCUCCAGAGCAGAUGAAGCUUUUCUACAACAACCCCCGCUUCCACGGCCUACGGUUCCCUACAGUGAGCCACCCGCAGACUCUGGAGAGAAGAUACCUUGGCAUCAUCAACGGCCCCAUGCUGGACCUAAUGAAGAAUCUGCUGCUUUUGAACCCGAAUGAGCGUUUCCUAACAGAUCAGAGUCUGAACCACCACGUAUUCCAGAGCCAGCGGCAGACUGAGCGACCUGGACCCCCGACCCCUACACCCAUCCGCUCCUCCAAGAGAAAACCCCACCACGAUAACACCGCCCUCAGCAGGAGUCAUGGUAGUAAGAGCUCAGGACACCAUCGUUCCAACAGCCGGGACUGUUCUAGCCUACCGCGUCAUAAUCAGGCUGAGCUGCAUCCACAGAGUGCUGAAGCGUUCCUGAAUGGUGCCGUUCCUGCGUCCAGCAGCCUGAGCCCCACACUGCACGCCAAAACGUUCCAUUCCCCCCAACCCCUUAACCGCUCAGCGUCCUGCGGCAAAGACCUGGCCUCGCUCAGCCCCAAGAAGGCACGAGCCAAAGCCUCUGACCUGGACUUCGACUUGCCCAAGGUGUCUGAUGGCCCUGGCGCCAAAUACCUCAAAUCCAACGCCUCACGCUCCCACAACCGCCACUCGUUUGUGGAGGGCAAGAAUAAUACGCUGCAGGGAGAGCGGGAGAAGCAUGUACGCCACGGCGAGCCAAUGCCGCUGAAUUCAAGCACCAAAAGCUCUUCGUCUUUUAUGAGUCUGUCCAAGAGCCAUGGCGCACUGACUGACGCCAAGUCCAUCAGUAACUUGAGCGAUCCGCGCCUUCUCCAAGACGAUGCACCCGUGCCCUCACGAUACUUCCCUUCCAGCUGCCUGGACCUGAAUGCCAACCUGAACCUGGCGGCCCCCGGCAGCCCCGCCUUGCGUCACAGCCCUGGUGGGCGUGCCAAGUCCGAGCGCCAGGCCGGCAUGGUGGACUCGUCGCUCCGCCGCUCAUCAACACGCCACAAGGGCCAGCAGCAGGACGAGGCCAAAGCCACAGAAACCCUGGAUCCUGGAGGAGGAGCUCGUGACUUCCCCUAUGGCCUGGGCUACACCAGCCCUUUCUCAUCACAACAGCGCCCCCACAGACACUCCAUGUAUGUGCGACGGGAGCGCAGUCGACCACACGGAGCCGAUGUAGGCCUAGCACUGGGUCAGAGUGCUCCCGCUCGUGCCAGCAGCCUCCAGAUGCUCUCGCCACAGCUGCAGCAUCGCACCCUACCUAGGCACGUGGGCAGCUCCAGCAGCCGUGAUGAUACCCCUGAUGACCUCAGGGCAGCCAUUUAUCACGAGCAGCAUCCAGAGGACGGAGGAUCGUCCAAGGAGAACCGCAUGGUCUACAGUGACUCAAUGCCACGUCGAGUCGGCAGCUUCUACAGAGUGCCGUCUCCUAGACCGGACAACACUUUCCAUGAGGGCAGCGGGCAGAAUAUGAGCUCAGGGGUGAACAUGGAGAGCAGCAGCCACACCAAACGCCAACCCACUUACGACCCCUGGACGGGGCCCGAGGCGCUGGAUUUGGGUCCUCCAGAGCCAGCCAAAGAGAAGGAGAAACAAGGAUUUUUCAGAGCAAUAAAGAAGAAGAAGAAGAAAUCUCAAGCGGUGGAUGCUGGAGAAGCCAGAGGUCCUGUGAUCAAGAAAUCUCUUUUUCCUCUGUCUAACUCAAAGCCUAGCUUUAAACAUAACUCCUCAGAGAGAGUACUCCCUCUAGUGGCCACGCCCAUGGUCCUGAACGAGGGACCAGAUCAGGUGGUGGUACAGAAAUCGUCCCGGGCCUUUGGGCAGCAGAGCAGCACCAGACACCGGACACGCAGCAGAGACCGGGAGAGGAGUCGAGAGCGGGAACAGGAGCAGGAGAGAGACGAGUGGCCGGCUGAAAGGCUAGCCGAACCCCACUCUCAGAACCAGCCUCUCAGGUCUCUUCGCAAGCUUCUUCAUCUCCCUGCCUCGUCCUCCUCCAGCAAACCCUCUACACCAGACAUGCGUUUCUCCCACGGCAACCCCACCUCCAAAGGAGGAAGCUUUGUAGAGUCGCGGGGCCAUGUUGGAGGAGGAGGAGCUGGAGGACCGACUCAGCCCCUGUCCCGCCAGGCCGCGUAUCCUCACGCCGGUCAGCUGGAAUCCACGUGGCACUCGGCGGCUCUGGGACGAGCCGAGGGAAACCCAUACCCAGAGCAGCUGGCAUCCAAAGCAGGCCAGAACGGGCAUGGCUUCGUCCGCUCAUCACGCUCACGCAUGCCAAACCUCAACGACCUGAAAGAGACCGCACUUUAAACUGAGCCUGUUUCUCAAACACAGCGCCAUCUGGAGGGCUGGAGGGCUAGAGAGAGCAAACACUGAAGGACACUGCUCUUUUCAUGAACAAUAAGGGUAGGCCUAGACAUGUCUUAAUCUUUUUUUUUAAUCUUCCAUAUUUAAUAGAAUUUGUAAUAUUAUUUAUGUACUUAUUGUAUUUUUUGUUAUUGGAGAAAUACGAUUGAAAUGAAUAUAUAUAAAUAUAUAUCUUGUUAAGUAUAAGAUGUAUAAUAAUAAUUCUAGUUCUAUUAUUCUGCAUAUAAUAAUUCUUAUAUUUGGUUAAGAAUGUCAAAUGUUUGUGUAUGAAACCUAAGUUUAUAAAGAGGUAAGAAUAUUGUUACAAUGCACAUCACAACUUUCUGUUACAUUUAUUUCUAAACUGAUUCAGUGGAUUUGACACAGGAGACGAGAGUCAGACGCUCUCAGACGCUCGUCUGUGAAGAUCUGUUAGCUAAUAAAAUGCAGCAAGCAACACUUCUCAAAGCUUUUAAUAAGUGCUGUAGGGCCGACACAUACCAAAUUCAUCAUACAGUGCUAUAGCACCUUCUGCUGGCCACAGCUAUUCACUACACACAAUGACAGAUGAACAGUUUGCGUAAGCAAAUAAUAAUAAUAAUAAUAAUGAUAAUAAUAAUCAUUUUUAAAAAAAGAAAGCAAAAUUGCUGCAGACAUGCAACAUGUUCUCAUGUGUAAAAGCCAGAUGCCAUUUGUAUAUUCUCAGGUUUAGUGUUAUAUAAACACUGUAAAUAUUAUUUUAUUGCAAUAUUUUAAGACCAACACAGGAAAAAAAUAGUUUUUAAAUUUCAGUUUAGGGAUAAACACUUAAUAUAUGAAUGUGUGAAGGGAAAAUAGAAAUAAGAAAACCGCUUACUGCAAUAUGUUAAAAAAAAAAAAAAAAAAAGGAAUUAAUUAAUCACCACCACAUCAUCACAAAAGAUUUUCUUUGGUAUGGGGUGCCAAUAUUUAACCCACUAUAGAUUUUGCUAUUGGUAGUAGGUAAAUAGAGAGAAAACGUGUUUUGCAGGGGUGGACAAAUCAUAGAUUCAUUAGAGAAUUUAAUGAAUUUGCCCGUGUGCUGAUCAGUCCUGUGAUUUUGGUUGACCAGUAACCUAAUUAUCUAUGCUAAACAUGAUAACGUAAUUUAACGCAAACAAAGUUCACUAGUUCAGAGCCUUAAUACAUAAUAAAGAUGUCCAGAGAAAAUGAGUGAGGACUCAAAUUUCCAUGGAGGAUUCUGUAGACGUAAUCCUUAUCCUCUAUGAUGUAGCAUAUUAUGUUUGUGUCUUUCGACAAAAUGGCAGCAAGGCACUGAGUUCUGUUCUCACACCAGAGUACUAACUGGAGUUUUUCUUUUGUCUGUAUAUGUGUUUGAACGUCAUAAGAGCAGAGUUUUAUAACAGUUUUUUCUUUGCUGUACUGUUGUUUUUGGCUCAGUUUCAUCAGUCUUUCCUCAUCAUUGCCUAUCCGUGAUUCUGAAGAGAUUGCAUGUCAGCUGUGUAAGCUAAUUUAAAUGUCUAGUUAAACCAGUUUAUACUGAUGGCCAUGACACAGUAGUAGUUUAGCAGGUGGCAGGAUUAAGGAACUGGUAGCUAGUAGUAGAAAUAUAUGAAUCACUUAUAUGGAGUGUUUGAUUUAAACAGAAAUAACGAGUGGGAAAUUUUUUCAUGAAAGUCAAAAUGGGAAGAACACUAAAUGUUGGUGACUGCUGUAUCAGCAGCAUACUAAACCUACUUGUCCACCAGGCAACUACUUCAAAGUUUUUUAAAAAUUAAAAAAAAAAUUUACAAAAAAAAUUUUAAAACAAGCAAACAAAUAACACGGGCUGUAGAUUUGUCCACCCCUGGUUUCAUCUCUUUAAAGGGGCAGUUUGUAAUGUUUAGAGCCCUCUGCUGUCUGUGCAGUGAAAACAUUCACAAGGCUUUCUUUUCCCCCAAAUCUGUCUGAGUUGCCUCUUAGGAAAAAAGUGCAGAGCUCUAUAGCACUGUUCUGGCUGUGGGCGGAGCUCAUUUCAGGGCUGGAAAAUGCCUGAUUAUAAAGAACAUAGCCAGAUCUAAUAAAUGGCAAUACUGAAAAUCACAGGUGGUUCAGAAGUAUCUUUAAAGCUAUAUGAAUUGACAAUGACAUGUCUAGAAACACUUCUAAAUGUUACAAACUGCCCCUUUAAAUGAGACCUGGUUAGCUAACAAUAAUAGCGUAUUAUUGUGACUAGGUUCUAGCUUCUAUGACAUUAAUGACAUUAACACCAGCAUCGUACUACAUAUAUCAGGAGUUUCUUAAUAAAAAGAGAGACCCCAUGAAACAAACAACCUCCCACUGACACACCUUACACCGCUGAGAGUCUAUAGCCUUAACUCAGAAAAAAACAAAAACAAAGAAAACUCUACGCAAUGUCAUUGAACGACUGGUUUCCUUAACAGUGCACUUUAAAUAAAUAGACGACAUGUUUCUCAGACAAAAAAGCUUCUGUCUCUUCAAGCGGUGUGGUGAGUAUUUUCACACGCAGUGUACAGUAAUAACCAAACGUGUAACUGGGUAUAACAGCCUAUCUUAGGAGUCUUUUGUAUAUCGUAUUUGUGAUAUAUGCAGUAAAUAUUUAUAUAUUCCAGGUACUGCAGCUUAACAGUGGAACUCUCAGUGUCUCUGUUGGAUGUGUGUAACCUGGGAUGAAGGGGGUUUUACAGUAGACACUGGACAUACGACAUUAAUACUAAUGUGUGACUAUUUGUUUGGUUAUAUUUAGAUCAGCAAUUCAGAAAUGAUUGAAAUUAGAAAACAAGCGUUCGGUCUAAUAGAAAACACGGUAGCAUAGAUCGUUAAUGUUUCAUCUUCAGCAACGAGUAUUCGUUUGUAAUGGGUAAAUGCCGUUACUAGGGAGACAUUCAGUUCUCAAACUGUUUCCUGUUUACACCUGUUAUGGACAGUAAUCUCUCAAUAAACCUUGUGGACUCUAUUUUGAUUUCACAAAGAGGAAAUUGUGUUUUUUUUCCCCCCAGCAUGGUUCAUUAUAUAUUCUCAGCCUCACUCUCUCUCGAUCACUACCAUUGUCAUUGUAAAUAAUGAAUAUUCAGGCUCUGUCACAUUCAUUAUUAUGUGGCGUUUGAAGUGUGCAUGCUAAAUUUACACAACACACCAAUUUAAUGAUCCUGUUGGGAUGCACAUUCUAACUAAUGAGGCAAACAUCUGCAAAUGAAUUCUGAUUUUCACUUGCCUCUGGUUCAAAUGACAUCAAUUUAGCUAGUAAUGUAACAUGCUGUGUGUCUCGACAAAACAAUUUAAGGUGUUAUCUCUAAAUAGUAGAGAGAAGACCUCAAUAUCCUAGUGUGGAGCAGGUGAAAAAUCUAAUCAAUUUUUUUCUUAUCCCGAAUGUUGUUGCUCAUCAGCUAAAGAAGUUUACUCCUACAGGUCUAAAAGUUACAUUAAAUAUUUACGCAUGGAAAGUUUCUCAUAUUCAGAGUCGGCUUACGCAGAUCCUUAUGCUAAUUUUCUGGGUGCUCCAUUCAGAUUGGGUAAAUCUGGUGUGUACUUCAUGCCUUUCCAAGAUUUUUCUUGAGUAGAAGUGUCAGAGAUGAUGUUUUUCAAUAGCAUCUAGACCACCAAUCACUUGUCCUUUAAACACACAAAAAAUUAGGGAUAGAAAAUACGGACUAAAGAAGCAGAACUCAUUUAUUUCUUUGCUGUCAAAUGUAAAACGAUGCAACAUAAAAGCAAAAGACCGUUUCAAAUAGGAGUCUAGAAUAUUGUUAAUUAUCACAUUAGUCACUGCAAAUGUGGUUUAAUUUAACAGUGUGGCUUCCUAUAAAAUAUAAACACUAUAAAAUAGCACUUGAUGCAGCAAAAAUCAUUGCAAAAUCAUUAUCUCAGUGCAGGCAGAAGGACUCUUGACUUCAGGCAGAAAACCAGCCCACGUACUGUUCCCGAUUAGAAAAUAUGAUGCGUAUGGAGACAGAGAGCCAAGGCUAGGGGCUUGUGGUACAGCCAUGCAGAGGAAAUGACAUUUUUUAAAAAAGAAAAGCGUUAUCCUAAAAUUCUGGUCUUGAAAAUCCUUUUUAUGUGACACUAGGCUUGACUUGGGGCUGUCAAACCAGCCCUAAGAUCAUCUUUUCAUCCCUUCAGAAGUGCUUUGUAAUGUUUAGUGCCCUCUGCUGUCUGUGAGGAGAAUUGCAGUUGCAAUGAAAACAUGGACAAGCCUUCCCUUCCCCCUGCUACAUACUCCUUGUGAGGUUUUUUUUUUUCCGUUUUAUGGAAAAUGUGUUGGAAAAUGGGAAGAGCUCUCUUUCAACUGGAGGUGGAGCCCGAAACCCAGAAACUAACCAGAUCUGACAUUAUGAGCACAAAAGAUCUUAAAAAAAAAAAAAAACCACCUGGAAUCAGAUUCUGCAUUUUCAGAGAAACAUCUAUUUAUUUUUAGGUCAGAUGCUUCUGUGUUAUCAGAAUUCACACAGCCAGAGACACUUUCACAUCUGUGAGAUGACUUUUUAUUAUGAAUUAUUGUGAUUUUAAUUAUUAUUAUAAUUGAGUUGAUAAUGGGUGACUCAGCAUGCUGGAUGGUGAUGCAGGCCUGAAGGGAAACAGGCAAGAUUCAUUGCGUCAAGAUUCAUUUUAUGGAAUUUUCCACUGUCUAUGUUGAGACAGAGCGGCAGACAGAAAAAGUCUGAAGUAAAGGAAAUCUGUUGUAACUGCAGGAAAUGUGAGUUUUUGUUCACAUUUAAGAUAUCAAAAAUUCUCUUUUCAAUCUUCACAUCAUGCUGACUAACUCUGGUUUAAAUCUGAUGGUGCCUCUGGGAGGAAUAGUAAAAAGUUUGGUUUAUAAGCCUCACUUCCUGUUGCCAGUUGGUGGCGCUAUGACAGCAAAUCACUAUUCGCAUAUGCAUGUGACUGUGCCCCAACCCCGUAACUUACGAUGUACAGUGGUAUGAUGCCACACUUUCUGUUUACGCAGCAUAACGUUAAUUGAUUGCCUCGCCAUGGCAACACCGUUCGAGAUAUCAAUAUUUCCUUGGCAGUUUAGCAUCAUGGACAUCUUGACAUCAUGCUGACCAAAUUUGCUUUGAAUCUGAUAAAUCUUGUAGGAGGGGUAUUUAAACAUUUGCUACCUUUCAAAACGCACAAAAUCCAAAAUGGCCAACUUCCUGUUCAGCGCAGUUAUUGGAUAUGAUUAUAAAAUUCAUUUGUCUUAAGAAAAUACAUGUGGCUACCAAAUUUAGUUCAUGUAGGUGAAACUGGAUGUUCAUAUUUCUGCAGUCCAGAGCCAGCUCCAAACAGGUGGUACAAAUCCAAAUAUGGAGGGCUAGCUCCAAAUGGACUAGCAUGUGAACAUGGGAUAGCACAUGUCCAUAGCAGAUGAUUUUAUGGAUUUUCUUCCUUAACCAUAACCCAUCCCAUUUGUAGCCUCUUUAGAGCUAGUCCCUUGCAUUUGGAGCUUGCUUCGGGCUAUGGAGAUCCAUGCAUAUUUAAGAAAGAAUGUCAAAGGGAGGCGUUAUUGAGCCCCUGGGCUACACCUGGAUCCAAGCUUUUUCCAGAACCUGAUGAUCAUCAUUUCUGAUGUUUUGCACCAACAUACGUGAGUUUUUGAGCAUUCAGUGCACCUCAAAAAUGUGUUGAAAAAUAAUACACAAGUCAAAUAAACAUGCCUUGGUGCUUGGACCCUAAAUAUCAAUAAUAGUUCAUUUAAAGAUUAUAUGUAUCGAACAUGGUGGUUAAGUCUGUAUUAUAAUUUUGUUUUGGCUGGAACAUCCAGGCCAUGCUUGAAAUAAGUUAAAUAUCAUGGUUCUGGUCAUGUGAUCAAUUACAUCACACAAAGAAAAAAAUAAAACAUAUAACCGAAACCAACUGUAGUUCAAAAUGCAAUAGCUUGCAUUUCACUAAAACAUAUCAACAACUAUUUUUACAAACUGAAAAAAAUGUGUUUAGGAUUAAAUGGGUUCCUCCUGAAGCUCCUCCCCCAACAAUCAGUGCAGGUCUUAUAAUGAGGAUAUGAAGCACCUGGGCAGUGGGUUGAAAAAGCAGAAAGGUGACGUGUUUCUGUUUGACAGAACUUUCCAGAAGUGUUUUGGUGAAGGGUCUUUUGCAGCUUUUACGAUGAAAACCCGGUACAAUGGAGCAGACUUGAAGAAGCAGAAGCGUGUGAGCAGAAAAGCCCGGAGACCCACCAAGGCCUAUUCCAGCUAUAUUUACAGACUGAAGAAGGCCAGCCCCGCUGUGACCAACACUGUUGUGGUACCCGGAUGGCUGCGAGCAGAGCUGUGCACGCGCGUCGGUACGGAAGCCGCGCGCCUCGCCAAGUUCAAUCGGCGUGGCACGAUCACGCAGCGCGAGGUGUGCUCUGCUGUGCGCGCGCUGAGGAAGGUCACGCGAAGGACAACAGUGCACGUGCAGUGACACUUGUUUUCGUCUGUUUUUUUUUUUUAAUUUUUAACCUGUGAAGUC